AUGUCUCACUAAGUCCUUAUUUCAAAGUACCAAACAUAUGUUACACUGACAGCCAAAUCACUGCCAACGAGUCUGUUUUCUGUCAUUUUGGGGGAAGAAACUUGCUACAAGAGGCUCAACAAUGUCUGAUGAGUAAUACAGACCACCAUCCAUGGCUGCCAAGCCAGGAGUAAAGCCCAAAUGCAAGAUUUCAGCCUCCCGUAAACUAUCGUUGAAGAUCCUUCUGCUGACUCGUGCGUCGGAGGAGCUGGAGGCAGAGAAGGCUGCGAGAGAGGAAGAGAAGGUUCGCUACAUUGGAGAAAAGCUUCCCCCACUGCAGCUCACGGCCUUAAACGUGGAUGAACUGCAGGAAAUCUGUCAGCAGAUGCAUUCACAGAUUGAUGCGGUGGAUGAAGAGCGAUACGAUUUUGAAGCCAAAGUCUUCAAGAACUACAGAGAUAUAUAUGAACUGAAUCUCAAAGUGCAGGACCUCGGAGGAAAGUUCAAGAAGCCAGCUUUGAGGAAGGUGAGAGUGUCAGCAGACGAGAUGAUGAAAGCUCUCUUUGGCUCCAGAACCAAAGAGUCCGUGGACCUGAGGGCAAACCUGAAGUCUGUAAAGAAAGAGGACAUAAAACAAGAGAAGGAGAUGAACAUGGAGGUGGGCGACUGGCGUAAGAACGUGGAAGCCAUGUCUGAUAUGAAGGGCAGGAAGAAGAUGUUUGAUGCAUAAGGUUAACAAGUCAGAAGUGUGUUACAAUGGAUUGAAUGUUAAAAAAUAUAUAUGUAUAUAAAAAAAAAAAGGAAAAUGCAAAACCUUUAUAAAAUAAAUAAAAUGUCCCUUGUUAAUAGCAUUCUGAAUACACAGUAUAUUACUGCCUGAUAAUGCUGUACUGUAAAAGAAAAAUACAACACAUUUGUACAUUAUGCCUAUCAUUUGUUUAACCAAAAUUUAUUCACAUUAGAUUUGAGGCAAAUGUUGUAGAGAAUACUUUUGUUGAAGUUUUGCAAUUCCUUUGAUCUUGACAUUGUCCUCUAAAGUUAUUAAAAGGGUUUCGUUGUUGUUAAUCAUGUACAGUCUCCGCUAAGCUAUGCCAUUGACCUACUAGGCACAAAGCACCUGAGAUAUUUACUGUCAGAGGCAGGGUAUACUUAGCCUUUCCUCCGGACUGGAAUGAAUUCCUGUCACAUAAUAAACAGUAAACACUG